AUUUAGUUAUUUGGCAGUCAAUGCCAGAUAGAAGAAAAGUUUUGUGCAAAUCUCAAGAUAUUCGCCUGAAAAAAAUAAGGUUUCUUAAAAAACAAUUAGAAUAUCGUAAUGAGGAUCGAAACAUAAUUUACACGGACGAAACAUAAUUUACACGGAAGAAACAUACAUACACAGCAGUUACGUUAUACAAAAGCUAGGUAAGAAUGAAGGUAGCUUCAUAGCUAUGAGUUGAACGUAGCCGAAUAGUAUCUGUCACGUGUCAAGAUUCAAAUGUCAAGACAUUUUAAAACAAAAAUGGCACGUCAGCAAUCAGAUGUAGAUGAACUUUUUGAAAUAAAAAAUUAUUUUUACAUUGGAAACUAUCAACAAUGUAUAAACGAAGCUCAAAAAUUAAGAAAUCCAUCAAGUCUAGAAAUUGCUACCCAAAGAGACAUUUUUACAUAUAGAUCCUAUAUGGCUCAAAAUAAAUUUCUAGUUGUAUUGGAUGAAAUUCACGAUGGUUCCUCUAAUGAUAUAUUACCUUUGAAAUUCCUUGCCGAGUAUCUAUCUAAAAAAAACAACAAGGAAAGUAUUUUGGCCCAAUUGGAACAUCAAAUCUCUAUAAAUGCCAACAGCGAAACAUUAAUUAUUGUGGCAGCAACUAUAUACAUUAAUGAGUCCAAUCUAGAAGCUGCAUAUAAAGUAUUACAUGCUUCAGAGAGCCUGGAAGCUAUCGCUUUUAUUAUUGAUAUACUUCUUAAAUUAGAUCGCCUUGAUUUAGCUAAAAAAAAAUUGAAGGAAAUGCAGGAUAAAGAUGAUGAUGCUACAUUAACGCAGCUUGCUCAAGCUUGGGUCAAUCUUGCUAUUGGAGGUGAGAAAUACCAAGAUGCUUAUUACAUAUAUCAGGAUCUUGUUGACAAAUAUGGAUCUACGCCUAUUUUACUCAACGGUCAGGCAGUAGCUUUUAUAGGACAAGCUAAGUAUGAAGAAGCAGAAGCAGCUUUACAAGAAGCAUUGGACAAAGAUUCCAAUUUCCCAGAUACUCUUGUUAAUAUGAUAACACUUCAACGUCAUAUGGGUAAAGCUCCUGAGAUCACAAAUAGAUAUCUGUCACAAUUGAAAGAUACAAACGCUGAUCAUCCAUACAUUACAGAUUUGAAACAGAAAGAAAAUGAAUUCCACAAAAUUACUCAGCAAUAUUCUCCCAAAGUGACAGCAUUUCCAGCAUAAAUUUGAUGUAUUAUAGAUAUAUUUUUAUCCCUGAAUUAUAGUUAUAACCAACGUC